AUGGCUUUUUCUGCAGAACUCGAGGCGGAAAGCCUACGCGGAGUAGGUUCUGGAUCGGGCCGCUACCAAGAGCCACGGAUCGAAAACGAUGCAUGGGACGGCGAGUCUCAGGUCGAUGAGUUAGCGAGGUUAGGAGCCUGCAUCUCGGUUCGAACAGCCCGUCCCGCGUCAUUUGCACUGGCCUUGAAGGUCAGGAAACAGAUGAUGAGUUUUGCUCGAUUCCGAAGCUGGGCAUUUUCGAAAUCAAGCCGCUUAUCCAGAUUCAUCGUAUGCAUCCCGUAUGCAAUCCAUUUCCAGUCUUUGCGGCUAGAACAGAGUGACUCGGUCGUCCGGAGAUGGGCUGAACACACCUCCAGGCGAAACCGGUUCUUCAAGCAGCCAUUAUCACCCCGUGCCGGCUUGGGCUUGUGGAGAAAAGGCACCGCGCAAACGUGUGAGGAGUUGGAUGCCACUGAGAUCCCAAAAUCGACACAAAAAGCCCAUGUCCGGCCAAGCACAACUCAACCAAAAAAACGAACGAGUGGGCAUGAACACCGAGACCUGCCAUUCGUUUGGUUCUGCGGUCCAGCUCGACGGCGUCAACCACCCUUUUUAGCGUGCAUCGACGGCUCAGGCCAGAAUCAUGGGUUCGUGCCGGGGUUGUACGGUUGUACACAGAGUGUUUUCGGCGUUUUUUCCAAUGCAUCCAAGGGAAUUUAUUCAUGCAGAUGUGCCGCGGGUCCUUCCAGCAAUGAGCAUCCAAUGGGCUUCGCACGGCUGCAGUGUCUUCAUGCCGUCGAUUCGGAUGGCCCUACAAGCAAUGGUGACUGUGCCGUGCUCUCGGUUGCACUUGUGGGAGCGAGUAGAUCAUCUCUACAAAUAUCCAAAACGUGCUGA